AUGGGAGGGACAAAGUUCACAGCGUUUUCACACUAUUGGCUAUUGGCAUUGAUCGGCGUCUCGUUGCACCAAUGCAAAGGAGAAGCUUGUAGCGCUGGCUCGGGUCAGGCGGUGCGGGUGGGGGCCGGCAGUGAACGUAGUCGGGCGGCCGGGGGCAGGGAUGAGCGGGGUCUUUGCGUGCGGCCCCUGCGCCUGGGUGCCUGGGCAGUGCGGGGCCGACCUGGGCGGCGACACCUGAGCGAGGCGGCUGGAGGCAGUGGCGGGGCCGAUGGCGGUGGCGGCGGCUCGGGGUCGCGGGAAGCGGUGGAACGACUGGUGCGGGAGCACCCGGUGGUGGUGUUUAUGAAGGGCAGCCCGGCGCAGCCCCUCUGCGGCUUCAGCAACGCCGUCGUGCAGAUCCUGCGGCUGCACGGUGUGGAGGACUACCGCGCACACGAUGUCCUGCAGGACCCCGACCUCCGGCAAGGAAUAAAAAACUACUCCAACUGGCCUACCAUCCCACAAGUAUACCUCAAUGGUGAAUUCGUUGGUGGCUGUGAUAUCCUCCUCCAGAUGCAUCAGAAUGGAGAUCUCGUAGAAGAGCUAAAGAAGUUAGGAAUCCGCUCAGCACUUCUGGAUGCAGAAAAAGACCAAGAAAAAAAAUAAAAUGAGGAAAGGGAAAAGAUGCCUUGAUGGAAAGAAAGGAAAUCUUUGAUAAGAACUUGUAACCAGUAAAGCCUUAUGUACUUCAGUUCAAAGAAGGCAUCUUUUUAAACUGACACUAAGAUUUAUCAGUGGAUGUCUGUUAGCUCGUGGUAAAUGUAGUGAUGUCAGUAUUUUGAUUUAUGGAUAUUGUGAAAAUUUGAUUAUAACCACUGUACUGUAAAGCAUACACAUGUGGAAAUUGUUUUAAAAAGUAAAUAAGUUCACUUCUAAAAGCAUUCUUUUGAUUGAUGCAGGAGUAAACCAAAAUAACUAAUAAUGCUAUUUUUAUUGAUUUUUGAGUGUUUCUUUGUUCUUUGUUACACAAACCUGUGCAAACAGUGUUUGCAUUCCCUUGUUCUUGAAAAAGUGCUAAGUAGUGCUUGUGCAUCUGUGGGUUUUCUUGUUUUUGUUUUUUAUAACUCCUGAUGAUAAGAAUUCCCAAGAGCCUGUAAAGUUUCUACUAUCUCACAUGAUAGAGGGGAAAAUAGCCCUCAAACAAUACAUAAGAAAUCAUGGUAUGAGAGUGCAUGAAAUACACUUUUGUUCCAAAGAAUAAAAAUAAACACACUAGUACGAAUACAUGUAUAGUGAUCAUUAUUAUUUUGUAUUUUCCUGUUAGCUUUUAAAAGACUGCUAUGAAUUGUGCCUGAAGAUUUUUAUAAAACCUUUUCUACCUCUUGCAAAGUGGCUUUUCCCCGUUUGUAUACUUUGUGUACUGCAGUUUCUCUGUAUCAGUUAUAGAAUGUGGGAAUUGUUAAGGCAUCAGUAUUCUUGUUUGCAACAGUACAGGAGAAUACUUCAGUAAUUACUGUAUUGUUUACUAGUUACUAAGUUAUCUUUUUAGAUCUGUUGUGUUUCCAAGUAUUGUCACGGAACAGCUGUGGUUCCUGGAGUAUGGUCUUCAGACAGGGGUUAAACAGUUUAAAGUUUCAUUGGAGACAAGAUUAAAAAGUACAGCAGAAGGGCUACUGAAAAUAGCCAGUGUUCCUUUGUUGGAAGCAUUGGGAAGUCUUCAAGUAACUAUCUAACCUUGUUUUCCCAAGUGAAACUAAAUAAUCUUAAAACAGUGUAGUUCACCUGUACAGUAAUACUGCUGAGGAUAAAAGAUACCACACUGUUUUUAAAUGCCAUUUACCUUUAUGAAUGCAGACCAAGGAAUGGUUUGCAUGUGAGCUAAGCAAGUGAUUGGAAAUAAAGCGUUUUGUGUAGAUUGUCUGCAAUAGUUCCUUUUUAUUUUAAAUUACAAUAAUAAAACUGAUGAGGCUUUUAUUGAGAAAUCUAAAACAUAAGGAAGAAAAUCCCUCACUGGAAGAGGAACUCAAAACCCCCAUCUACCAGUUACAGUUCUAAUGCAAGUUUCAAUUUUCUCUCUUUCAUGUUCACCAGAGUAAGCUAUCUAGUAGAGAAACUGUGUCUGUACAGCUUUAACAGAAUUUGCAAAAUGUGUUGCUGGUUACAGUAUGUUUAUUGUAUAGUUUACUGUUUAGUUCAAAUGCAGUCAGUAUCUUUAUGCUUAAAUAACAUCUCAGCUUAAACAGCCACUCAGCUUCACUACCAGUAGAAAUGACUUUAGCAUGAACGCUGAUUAUGAAUAAGCUGUGCUCAGAGGUGAUCAGUUGUGAUUGUUAGUAAUGUAGGUAUGAGUGCAUGAUUUUUUUUUUGUUGAUACACCAUAUCAUAUGAAAUGCAAAGCUCUAGUUCAGUUUAACCUCUCUUGAAAUUCUGAUUAAAUGGGUUUUCUUACA